AUGGGGAUGUCGACACCGACAAAAGAUCGGCUGUGGAUGGAGACGGAGACGGGCGGGAUGUCCUCGCCGUCAACUCGGGAUUUGGAAUCCGAGGGAGCGGGUUUGUGCUCGCCCAUGGGCGGACACCGCGUCGGGCCAGGGGAUGACGACGAGCUGAUGUGCCACGAACUCAUGUGGAACAGUCGUGCGGCGAGUCAACACCACGUCGCGGCGUUGCCCGGCGCGCGCGAACCCAUCCAUCGCCGUGGCUCCGUACACGAGUUCCUCCGGGGCCGCGAGCUGGUGAGGCACGCGAGGAACACGCACAGGCGACCGGGGAUCUCGGAAUUCGUCCACGACGCGCGUCGACCGGGGUGUGGAAUCAUCCCAAUCGUGCCCCCGCACACGGGCGUGGGUUCCCCACCGUUUGUCGCCAGGUUCGGGAGGUGCGAUCGCGGCCAGAGGCUCCUCGCGAUCGCGGACGAGGAGGGCGUCGUGACCAUUGUUGACGCCGCGGGAAAACUCCCCGGGCUGGAGAUUGACCCGGAGUUCCGACCGGAGCAACAAUGGAUCGCGCACGAGAACGCCAUAUUCGACGCGGCGUGGUGCCACGGCGACGGUCGAUUGCUCACCGCGUCGGGGGAUCAGUCCGUGCGGUUGUGGGACGUGGAGACCGCCGUGCCCUUCCGGUUCUUCCGCAGGCACAACGGCAGCGUCAAAUCCGUGUGCGUCAGACCCGAGGGAGGCGGCGGCGGCGACGGGAACGGGGGGAGCGUCUUCGCGAGCUGCGGGAGGGACGGCACGAUCGCGUUGUGGGACAUGAGAGACUCGCGUAGAACGAGGGCGAGUUCCUCGGGGAUCGCGCCGGGGCCCGAGGGGGAGCCGGCUUCGGCGCCGACGGCGGUGGUGGAACGCGCGCACGAACCCCCGGCGGCUAUGGGCGGCGGGACGGCGCGGGGGUUUGGGGGGCGGGGGGGCGAGCGACGCGCGGUGACCAGGUCCCAGACCAACGUCGAGCUCGUGGACGCCGCCGUCGAGGAGUUCCCGGCGACGACGCGUCAGCGGCAGCAGCGACUGACUUCCUCGAGCAGGAACGAGUCCAGGAGCGUCCGGGGCGACGUUCAGCACAGCGUCACGUCCAUCGCGUUCGCGCACGACGGACAGGUUCUGGUGUCCGCGGGCGCCGCCGACGGGCUGGUCAAGUUGUGGGACGUGAGGCAGCUGUCGCGCGGGUCGGCGCUGUGGGAGAUCGCGGACGAGGACCCGCCGGAGCGCGCGGGCGGUAAGAACUGGUUCCGCGGCGACGGCGAGUCCGCGGCACCGACCAAGAGGCAGCGGCGCGGUCGCGGGGUCGUGGCGCUCGCCAUGGCGCCCUGGGGCUCGUCGCGCAUCGCCGCGGCGUACUCAGACUCUCACAUCGCGGUGUUCGACCUGCACGGUCCGGCAUCGGGUCCCCGGUGCCACCUCCGGGGUCACCAAGGGACGAGCUUCUACAACAAGCUCGCAUUCAGCCCGGAGGGUACGCACGUGACCAGCGGAUCGUGCGAUCACCACGUGUACGUGUGGGAGGUCGACAGGCCGCUGGAGCCGCCCGCGGUGCUGAAAGGCCACGCGGGCGAGGUCGUCGCGGUUGACUGGUGUCCGAACGACUUCACGUGCCUCGCCUCGUGCGCCGACGACGACACCGCGAGGGUGUGGACCGUGGACCGAUCCACCCUCCGAGACGCUGACCGAGACGGGGACGUCAGGGGCGAGGCCGGGGCGAGCGCGGGGCGCGGGGCGAUGCACACGUCGAACAGCGAUCGCGAUUUCUUCAGGACUCCGGCACCCGCGACGCGUGAUCGGACCCCCUCGACGCGGGGACUGCUCUCGGGUGGCGAGUGGCUGCGGCGCGCCGUGGAGGAGGGGCAGAGGUUGGACUUUGAGACCCCCAUGCCAAUCUUCAACGCGAGGGCGGCACCACCCGGCGUUGACGCGACGUGCGGUGAUGAGUCGAUGAACAAGGAGAACGUGGACAUCAACGCCGGCGCGGCGGUGGCGCUCCUGACGCCCGGUCCCAUCGCCGCGAGGACCCGAAGGAGCGCUCGCAGGCCGCUGCUCUCGGCGUCGCAGCGCAACUCGAUCCUGUCAUACUUCACGCCCACGCGCGGGGACCAGGGCGGGGAGGACUUCAUGGACGUCGACGCCGAUGACGAGUAUUGAUAGUGGUAGGAAUAGGGUCCAACGCCCCUCGUGGGUGUGCAGACCCGCGCGACGACGAGAGUAUUGACGGCUGACGGUCGUCAUUUCUUUUUUAACUAGUUUC